ACGGGUUGCGUUCCAACAAUUUUAAUAGAGAGUCACUUCUUCUGAUUUUUGCUUUUUGUUGAUAAUACCAUUUGAACCCGAAGAGAUUUUGACGAGUUGAUUUUAAUAUCUGAUCAAGAUGUUCGAUAUUGCUAUUGCUAGUCAUACACUCGUAACAACAUCUACACCCUAUGUACUAUAUUGUAUUGCUAUAAAAGUUGAUGAUAUUGCUGAAUGGAGUUUGGAACGUCGUUACUCUCAAUUGAGAGAUCUACACACAGAGUUGUCAUAUUACUAUCAAAAUUUACCAGAUUUUCCACCAAAGUAUUGGAAAGGAAACUUUAAAGAACAAAAGAUCUCUGAGAGACAAACAUUACUCAAUCAAUACUUUAAAACUCUUACAAGAAGAGAUGAUAUUUUCAAACCGGGUAUGAUUCCUCUCUUUGUUCUUCAAUUCUUCUCCUCUCCAACACCUGUAAAGGAGGCAUACCAGAACACAUCCAUAGUCAUUCGUAAAAGUAGUGAAAAGUUAAUUCAAAACGUACUUGGAGAAUCUGAUAAAUCAGCAGCCAGUCCUUCUAGUAGCAACAAUAAGAAAGAAGGAUCUUCUGGACCUAGAAAAUCAGGUGCUUCCGACUUGGAAUACGAAAAAGCUAUCAAUGAUUGGAGUGUUGAUGAUGUCGCUUCUUGGAUCCUUCUUCUCAAUCAUCAAUAUAACAGUAAUAAUUCAAUUAUUCAAUCCAAAUUCACAGAAGUUUUAAAAACUGAGUCAAUCGAUGGUAGCGUUUUAAUUUAUUUAACAACAAGAGAUUUUGUCAAAAUGGGUACUAGAAUUAGUGUACAAACAACUCCUCAGGUGAAUUCAGCUGUUUCAGAUGCUUUUGCAAGUGUUAUUAUAGAAAAUAUUUUGCGAGUGAAAGAACAACAAACAGAAUCUGGUCUCUACAGAAUUGACAAGAGAGACGAAAUGAAUGAUGAAGAUGAAGAUUAUGAAGAUGAUCGUACACCAUCAUACAUGACAACAACAACAACUACAACAACUGCUCAAGCUAAUGAUGAUUAUGACGAUGACGAUGAUGAUGAUUUGAAGCAGGAUUUAAUUGGAACUGUUGUCACUGGUUCUACAACUUCAAGAUCUGAUACUACAUCAAUUAGUACACCUACUGGUCAAAGUUUUUCUGGUCGUAUUUGUCCUGAAUUUAACUUGGAUAGUGAAUUAACAAAGGAGGAACAAGAAAGUUACAGUUAUUGUAUGAAAAAGAUUAUGAAUUUGAAAGAUCCUGUACCAGAAAGUAUUAGAAGAAGAUUAUGUCAAGAUCUUGUUAUUCCACAAAGAUUCAAAUUUAAAUAUUUGAAUCCAAGUUCAAUUCCUCAAGAAGUUUUAAUGAUGAAUAGUCGUAGAAAAGAAGGUCCAUAUCUUAAAAUCAAGUUAAUCAUCACAGAAUUAGGUGAAGGAUUUACUCACCGUACAAUCCGUAGAUUGGGUUCUUUAGUUGGUCACAAUGAAAUCAAGAGUUCAGAGUUCGGUCUUUUCCACAGUUCACUCAUUAUUGGACCUGUACAAUUAGAAUGGACAGAUAACUCUAUUGUUGUUCCAAGAAAGGAGAAGAGUAGUUCAAAGGCUGUUUUUGCUGUUGAUGUUUGUAAAAUUAGAGGUCAAGAAAAUCUCAAUGAUGUUUAUGACAAAUUAGCUCACUUUUGCACGUUUUGGAAUGGCCAUCGUCUCUACGUACAAAAAGAUACAAAUUGUCAACAUUUUGUUGUUGAACUUCUUAAAGCUAUUGGUGUUUACAAUCAAUUUAAAAAGAAUAUUGAAUCAACAAUCUUAGGAAAGUACUUGAACAGACUGAGGGAAUAUGGUACAUGUGAAAUGUCUUAUAUCAUUCCUGAACAUUUAGCUCAAAGAAUGUUAAAGGAAUGUAAGGAUGAAAUUUCUUCACAGCUCAAACAACUCUUACAAACUUCUCUCAAAGGAAAGGAAAUUAUUUUCGAUUCUCAUUGUGUUCUCGAUGAAUAUUAUGAAACUGUUUUGAGGAUAGAACCAACUUACUUUGAUUUGGGUGAUCACAAGAAAGAAGAAGAACUUCUUAAGGCAUACGAUCGUGCUUUCUGGCUUAGACGUCAAUCAACCAAAAUGGCCAAUGAUCCAAGAGUUAAACCACUUCAUGAUCCAUGUCCAUUUGAUACAAAUGGAGGUGCAAAUACUGUUAAGGAAGGUGCUUUUUAUCUUGGAGAUUACGCACCAGAAUAUCCAGUACCAACAACUGUUCUCAAUCAACUCAAACAACAACGAAGGAGGUAAAAAACUUUGUAAUUUAUGUAAA